AUGCAAAACUAAGCUACGAUGACAGAUUUAAACGAGGAUGAUAUUAGAAGGAUUGAUAAGCACAUUUCCAGAAAUAUAAAUAUGAUAGAUGCUUGUACAAGGGUAUUAAAGAUGGAAGAAUUAAGACGAACAAAUGAAGACAAUUAGCGUUUGAUGGGUCUCAUGCGAUCACAUUUAUAUUUUAAAGGAAAUUUAUCAUAAGAUUAUGUUUGGGAAUGUUGUUAGGUAUAUAGAUAGAUUUGAUUUAUUAGUUGAUGAGAUUUGAGCAAUUAAAAAAGAAUUAAUUAAUUUACUUAAGAGGGAGGGAGAAUAAAGAAUAAUUAUUAAUUUUAUUAACUGGAGAAAUAAGCAUUUAGUCAAAUGAAUAAGAAUUAUUAAGUACCAAACAUUUUGGAUCCACUUUGAUAAUAUUUGGAAAUGAUUGUUAUUCAGAUAUGUAUUGCAUAUUUAGGAAGCAAGCCCAAACCUGAUAGUGAAGACCAAAUCUAUAUGUAAAGCAGCCGUAAUUUCCAAGUUAGAUUUCAAAAUCA